AUGCUACUCCAACUGAUUGCCACCUGCUUACUGUGGUCCUUUUUGGUCCUGGACUCGCAUGUCUCAUUGGGUGAUCCUCAGGUGGAUCCUCAUAGUGGAAGUCCAGGGUGUGUUCUCCGCGAUGCACCCAGCCAGUGCGGCUCCUUUUGCCUGGCCGCACUGCAUCCGCUGUUCGAUGAGAGUGCUGAAACCCAGAACAAGCUGGCCAGGAUCGAAGCUAGUCAGGAUGCGCUCGAUACCAAGCAGGAAGCUCUCAAUACCAAGCAGGAAGCUCUUAAUACCAAGCUGGAAGCUCUUGAAACAAAGCUGGAGGAGGAACUUUUGGCCAUACGGACCAGUUUGCAGGCGAUUCUGGAUAACGUGAAGAGCCCACCCAGGAUCGAUUCUAGGUUCGAGCUGAUUGGCUCUAGAUACUUCUAUAUUGAAGAUACUACUAGAAAGAAUCAUACCGACGCUGCAGACACCUGUCGAAAGAUGGGAAGCUAUCUUGCAUCUAUAAAAGACGAAGAAGAAUUGAAUGCCAUCACAGCAAAACUCAAAAAAGGAGAGGAAUACUUGCUUGGCAUCAAAUAUAGGGAUGAUUUAAAGGCAUACGUAUCGGAGGCCUCCGGAAAGACGGCAACAUUUUUAAAAUUUACAAACUUUAAAAGGUUUCGAGUCGAAAGUCCGGACUGCAUUUACCUUACAUCGAACUAUAUGCUUGAAUCGUUUUGUGGUAAAAGUUUUUUCAUUUGCCAGAGUGAUUUAGAGUGA